UCCUGUUUGCAUUUGUGACAGCAUAGAUAUUAGUAACACAAAGGAGAGGAAAAGUUCACUGUCAUGUGAACAUUGACUACUUCAGUAGGCGUCUUUAAUAAUAACUAGGUCAUACAAUAGCAUCAGUCUGAAACAGUUCGUGAUUAUUAUAAGACUUGCCGGCGGUACCUUUCACAGAUUGAUCUAUUGCUUAAUUCAAGAUCGGCGGAGCGCGUAAAGGCUUUGAUAGAUAUUCUCUCAUCGCUUAUCGGAAAUUGUCUAGCAUUUAAAUUUACCAAGGCAAACAGUGGCUGGAGGUCAUCAAUCAAUCUGUGGUUGAAGUGGUUGGAAAAGUUUAAUAAGAUCCUAGCAGAAAAACAGGCUUGAACAAGGACUCAAAGAUGAACCUGACCACAGUUACACCCUCCACGACCACGCCCACCGUGACUCCCUCCGACAGACAGUACUUCCUCAGCAAAGUGAUCAGCUACGCCGCGGUGUCUGUGCUGAUCAUAGCGGGUAACCUACUGUGUCUGGUGGUCUUCCUGCGCACCCCGCAGAUGAGGAGGAAGAGGGCCUACUACCUGCUGAUCAGUCUCAGCAUCGCGGACGCACUGGUCGGCAUCAGCCUGGUCGAGAAGAUCGCCCUCGAAGUGCAAACUCCGAGCUACAAUAUCAAUACGAACCAGCUGGGGAGUCUCCUCUACUAUCUUGCAAGCCCGUGCUCACUUUACAACCUCGCGGCGAUAUCCGUGGAGCGAUUUAUAGUCACCGUGUUUCCAAUCUAUCACCGGACCACGGGCAUGGGUAUGUACCUGGCACUUGUAGGCGUGCCAUGGUUGAUGGGGGUCACGGUCUUGUUGCUAUUCAUACUGGCGUACAAGGUCGCCGUGAUUCCGCACGAGGUCGUCACCUACUCACGGAUCACUAUAGUCAUCAGCCUUCUCAUCAUCAUCAUCGCGUACACAGCCCUAGCUCUCAAGCUUAAAUACGCGGAGCUCAAAAUCAACUCUAGUAACCCACAGGCACAGGUAUUGCGUGACAGGAAGCUGGCCUUCACGCUCAUCAUUGUCACGCUAUUCUCGCUGAUCACGUGGGCGCCGUAUGGGGUAUACAUCACUGUGUUAGCGUAUUGCAGAGACUGUAAGAGCAGGCCUUACGCCAGGGAGUUGUAUCUCGCCUUAAACCUACUCCGGUACUUAAACUCUGGAAUUAAUGUCAUUAUCUACAUGGUUCGAAUGCCAGAGUUCAAGCGCGAUGUGGUAAGAAUUCUACCAGCUAGCUCCAGUGCCUCGCGGUCAAGACAAGCCGUGCUGGGAACUGGGGACACUUCAAUGUGAAGUUUUUUUUUAUAUCAGGAUUCUACCAGCUAGAUCCAGUGCCUCGCGGUCAAGACAAGCCGUGCUGGGAACUGGGGACACUUCGAUGUGAAGUUUUUUUUAUAUCAGGAUUCUACCAGCUAGCUCCAGUGCUUCGUGGUCAAAAAAUGCUGUGCUGGAGUCUAGGGACGAUUCGAUGUGAAGUUUUCGUAUAUACUACCAUUUAGCUGCAGUGCGAGAUCAAGACAGGCCUUGCUGGUUAAGGGGAAAACGUCGAUAUAAAAAUUAUUUAUCAAGAUUCUAUUAGCUAGUUUCAGUUCCUUGCGGCAAAGACAUGUCACGUCGAGGACUAAGGACACGUGAAAUGCGUUAUCUCUUCGAGUCUUGCAGUUAACGCCAAAACAUUCUAUUUUAGAAUGAUGAAUAUGUUAUGCUAAUGGAAUGGUGUGGCAGGGAACUGGCCAUUACAUCCCAGUCCCUCUUAACAAAAUAUGCCGCGGGACACUGGAAGCUUUCUCGCUCGAGGGGCAGCGAAUUGCGGCGAGCGCAAGAAAUAUAUCUGCAGAAAUUACCAUGAGAGAUUGAAUAAAAAUUUCUACGAUGACAGAGUUAUUAAUACGCCUUUAACAGAUUGGUUAAAAAAAAUGAACAAAAUGUUAACAAAGAAGAGUUGUCUUGUUCUGUUCAUGUAUUAUUUCAUAUCAAAUUUGCAAGAUGCAAGAAUGUGUGAUAAGAUUAAGU